GUCAGACCUGCGGAGGGUUUCUCUAAAACCACGUGACUUCGGGGAAAAGGAGCGCCUUCACAGACUGAGCCGCAGAGCUGAAGAGGAGAAGGCAGUCAGUCCGCAGGCACCGCGGAGGAAACACAACCGAGCAUUUUUAAAGAAGCAGCGAUGGCAGCUGGGAGAAUGCGUUCCACUCGCAGACUGCGCUCCUGGAUCGUCGAACAGGUCAGCAGUGGGAAAUAUCCGGGACUGGUGUGGGAUGACGAGGCCAAAACCAUGUUCCGCAUCCCCUGGAAGCAUGCGGGGAAACAGGACUUCCGCAAAGACGAAGAUGCUGCGAUCUUCAAGGCGUGGGCAGAGUUCAAGGGGAAGCUGACAGACGGGGGCCAGGACAACCCGGCCGCUUGGAAGACCCGUCUGCGCUGCGCCCUCAACAAGAGUCCUGAGUUUAAGGAGGUGAUGGACCGAGCCCAGCUGGACAUCUCAGAACCAUACAAGGUGUACCGCCUGGUCCCCAUCAGCGAGCAAGGUGUGGUGAUGCCUGAAAAGAAGAGCAGAGAAAAAGCCUCCAGGAGGUCGAAAAGGAGGAGAAGCGAUUCAGACAGCGACGACGCCAGUGACGACAAACAGAUAAAGAGGGAAGAAGCCACGUCUCAGCUGUCUGUUGAGGAAAGCCCCGUCCAGACGGAGGAGGCCACUCGGUGCACCACCUUCAUUCAGACGGACUCGGUCGAUGAGAUCAGGUUGGACGUGCGGAUUGAGGAGAGUGUGACCGCUCCUGUAGGAGCCCAGGACUCCUUCAAUGUGGCAGUUUACUAUUUAGGACAGGAGGUGCUCAAACGUCAGAUUCAGGGCACUGAUGUGCGGGUAACGUACCUGCCCUCCUCGCUUAUUCCCCCCACGCCAGCCGUCCUCAAAGGCAGGUUCCCACGCAUCCUGCUACCUGAGCCGCCCUCCACGUUGCCAGCCGGUCCGGAGCUGCAGGCCCUCUUCACCCUGCUCCCCUUCAUGGAGAAAGGGGUGGUGCUGACCUCCACUCCGCAGGGAGUUUACGGCAAGAGGUUCUGCCAGGGGCGGGUGUUCUGGACGGGGCCACACACGACCAUGCCGGACCUACACAAGAUGGAGAGGAACACGGAGCCGGUGCUCCUUUUCAAUAAAGAAAUCUUCAAGCAACAGUUGGACCACUUCCGUUCAAAUGGCGGCGAGCCUCCCCAGUGUGGCUUCACCCUGUGUUUUGGAGAAGAGCUGAGUAACUCAGAGGACCCUUCCAAAAAGCUGAUCAUUGUUCAGAUCACUCUACCGUGGGAAGAACAGCAGGUACAGAACGCUCAGUCCAUCUUUGAAUCCAUCACCAUCCUCCAGUCUCUGGCCAGCCAGUCCCCACUGGGAGAAAUAACCCUGAACCUCGUCACGGUGCCUUCGCCAACCAACGAGAGCAUCGGCUGUGGGACUUUCUAAGCACUUUGAUGGGUGGCAUUUGAAAAAUAAGACACAUUUUCCCCCUUAUUAUAAAUCCAACAGCUAGAAGGAGUUUUUUCUUUUAUUAUUCUAAUUAAGACAGAUUAUAAUAAGAUAUCAAAACAGGAACCUCCAGUUAUUUUCUGUGGCAAUUGUUUUUUUUUUUUUUCAUAUUGCCCAAACACGUUGCACAGAAACGGAUGCAUAGCAUUUAAGAGAAAUAGGAAAUCAAAUGGUGAACUAAUAUAAAGGGGACCUAUUCUGCUUUUCCUUAUUUUUUGCCACAGUGGUCAAAACCCAUAUGAAACAUGUUUGACAACUCUGUUUCAAACAAGAGUAGAUUUACCCAAUACUGUCAUAUUGCACACAUAGUUCUGACUGUGAGCACAGAAACGCCACUCACUGGAAACAGGAACUGCAGGUUCCUGUUUCCAAAAGUUUAAGAGGGGCAGCCAAUCAGAAAAAAAGCUGGCUUAAAGAGGGAGGAGCAUUUGGAUAAGAGGGUGUAGUGACUAAAACUGUAGCACAGACUUGUGGCUCACAGCAGGCUGUAUUCUUUAUCAGACAAUAUCAUCAACAAUGCUAAAAAUGCUAAGAGCACAAAAGAUGGUGUUUACAGGAGAAACAUUCCAUUCAGGCCAAAAUACUUUUUGUCUCAGGCUGUUUUUAUGCUUUUAGGUGCUAUAAAGCUGAGAAUUUUAACACAGGGAUUGACUCCCUUUUGGAACUAGCAGCCUCAAGUGGCCAUUAAAGAAACUGCACCUUUUGACGCUGCUGCAGGGCGACCUGAAAAACAAAUAGGACUUAUUUUGAACUGUGAAUCAUGCAAAGCUCCCAGAGUAAAAACACAGAGUUGGAAAGAAGCAUUAAUAGGUCCCCUUUAAUAUCAGUUUUGGGGUGCACCUUCUUUUUCAUUUUAGAUAUUAGUUAGUGUACUGGAAACACUACAUGUAAGCCAACACUUGGAAGCUUUUUAUGCUCAUCGUGCAUCUCAGAAUGUGAUGUAAGCAGCAUGCCGAUCAGAGCUGAGUAAUCAUCUUCCUGUAAAUUCCUCUCAUUAACUACUGGGUCAUUUUACAUAUUAUAAGUCUAUUGUUUUGGUUAGGAAUUGGGGGUGGGGGGUCAUUUGGAGCCAUUUAGUACUGUAGACGCCGCUUAAGUUGUGUUGAUGAAAAUUGUUUAUACCACAGGACUAGAUAGAAGUUUCACUGUACAAUCAAAGGGAAAAAAAGCAUCAUAAUAGCCUGUAGUAGUUUAAUAGACUAUUUUGUAAAGCACCUUUAUCUUUACUAUAUUGCCGUCAAGUCUUUUCAGAUCCAGUGCAGAUGUGUCAUUUAUACCAUUAGGGUUUUGUAGUUAAAAAUAUGAGUACUCUUUUUUUUUUCUUUUUUUACAAAUGUGUCUUAAAUGGUCAUCUUUUAAUAGACAAAAACUGAAACUGGAGAUGAGAAAGGAGGAGUGUGUCACCCUGGAGCAGGUCAGUCAGGAAUAUCACAUUCAGCGCGUUUAUUUUUCAACCAUUUACUGUGAGAAACUUGCCUGAUUUACAUGAGUGUGCGCUGUUAGACAGCUGCACCGUUUUAAUCAUUUUAAAUGCCUGUUAAAAGUUAAACUUUCAGACUCUAUUGCAGCUUUUCUUUGGGGGUUUGUGAAGGACGAACAAAACACACAUUUCAAUACAAAAGUUCUGCAGUGAACACAGGGAGGAGAAGCUCUGAAUAUUUGGCUUAUUGAGAGUGUAAGGCAGCCUCAGUUUGACACGUUGUAAGGCAGGUUUCCCGAACUUGCAACAUAUUGUUCCUCUUUCCUGAAGUUAACAUGAUUUAGAAGAAAUUUCCUCUAGACACAAGUUAUUUUUGUAGCGCCUUCUGCAGAAGUUUGGCAGGUAUUUGCUGAACAGCAAAUAAAAAGAACAGCUGCAAAAACACACUUUAAUCGAGGAUUUAAGGUAACACAAGACAGAAUAAAGACACUAAACAGUAUAAACUUUGACAGAGAGUUUAUUUGAACUGUUAUAUUUGUAAUUUCAUUCAAGUUCACAACUCUGUUUAACCAGUUCUUUACAGUAUAAGUGCCCACACGAGGCAUUAAAGUCUUGACAAACACAUCUGCACAGUGUUAAAUAAAGGGUGGAUGUAUCCCCCCCCUCCCCCCCAUUUUAUUUUUAAUAUAUUACUUUAAAUCUUCCCAAAGUCAAAAACACAAACUUGAGAGUUCAUUUUAAAGUUAACCUAAUGCAAAACAAAUAUUUUGAGCUUCAUGUAACUUGAUAUUUACUGCAGGAUUUUAGUAUUAUAACGCAUUUUUGUCCUUUUGUCCAUCCUGUUUCAUGUAUUGUUUGCUGGAAUCAUACUAAUGCAUAAACUAAGGGAAAGAGGGGGAACAUAUAUAUAUAUAUAUAUAUAUAUAUAUAUAUAUAUAUAGUAGUAGUGUUAGAGGAGGACUUUAAGGUGGAAGUGUCCUUUAAAUGAGCAGGGUAUUGGGAUGGACCACAAGGCACACUCUGGGGUUGGGCGGGAAACUAGUGAGAUGUAAAUAUUGUUAUUUAUGCAUAUAUGUCCUUGUUCACUCGGAAAAAAAUAAACGUCUCCUUAAACUCGG